AUGUCCAUCACCACCACGCAACAGCAUUCAACAAAGCCCAUCAUCUUCUCGACACAGUCCGAUUUCUCCCUUGCCGCAUAUUUCUGCUCAUCUCCUUUCCACUUUGACCGAGCCCCUUUCCAAAAAGCAACUUCUUGUCAUUCCGGCAACGCAUCAAACAACCAAUAUUCAUANNUCUUGGCAUUAUCUGCUCUGAUUCUCGGCCUAAUGGACGCUGGUGCCAUGGCCUACAACAAUAUCGGGAGAUGCGAGACAAGCGAUAACCGCUGUUACUUUGCCGACGGCACCAGCUCUCCAUGCCACACGGAAACCCCUUGCACCACACAGGGCUACACUUGCACCCUGCUCGGCGCCGUGGUCCAGUGCAGCGAGCGGGCCUUCAAGUUCCGCGACCCCCUUGGCUCCCCGCGCGGUGCUCAACGGGGCGCGCAGCGGGGAGGCGCCGGCCGUGCUCGGGGUGCCCGGACCCGCAAGCCCAGUGGCCGCAAGUGA